AUGCUUGGAUUCCCUUGCUCUCAUCGAGUGGAAGUUGCUGGUUUUUCCGGAGGAAUUUGGAUUUGCUGGAAAGACUUUCUCUCCGUAGAGCUAGUGUACAAUCAUCGGCAAUUUAUUCAUUGUAGAGUGAAAAGAGGAAACAGCCCGAGCUCGAUGUUUGUCACGUUUGUGUAUGGCAGCCCACAACGAGCUUGUCGUCGUGUGCUUUGGAAGUAUCUUGGGCUGAUCGCAGACACGGUUAGUGAGCCAUGGAUUUUGGCUGGGGACUUUAACGCAAUGUUGAAUAGUGAUGAGAAACAAGGAGGUUCAUCUCCUAGAUCGAGUGUGUGUGCUUUAUUUCAAAAUUUUAUUUUUGAUUAUAGUCUACGUGACAUGGGGUUUAGAGGGCCUCGGUUCACUUGGGCUCGGGGAAGAUUGUUGGAGCGGCUUGAUAGGGUGCUCUGUAAUAUGCAUUUUGACCCCAAUAUUUCAGAAGCCACGGUUUUUCACUUGGCAAAAAUGAAGUCAGAUCAUAGGCCGUUGCUGGUGGUGAUUGGAAGAGUGGAUGAGCAACAAACUGCAAGGCCCUUUCGCUUCUUCAAGGGAUGGUUAGAGCAUGAGGAGUUUGGGCAGUUGGUGAGAGAUAAUUGGGUGGAUCAGGGAUCGAUGGCUGCAACCAUGACUGGGUUAGCAGAGGCAGUAAAGCUUUGGAACCAAAACACUUUUGGAAGCAUUGGGAGGCGCAAGAAACAAAUAAUGGCUCGGUUAAAUGGAAUCCAGAAGGCAUUAGAAACACAUACUACCAGGAACUUGGUAAGGCUUGAUGGUGAGCUCAGACAAGAAUUAGAGGCAAUUCUAGACCAAGAGGAAUUGGUGUGGAAGUUAAAGUCCCGUACGGAAUGGUUAGCUCUUGGCGAUAGAAACACGAGCUAUUUUCAUAAGAAAACUAUGAUGCGACGAAAGAAGAAUCAGAUAGAUAGAGGCUUUAAAACUUGA